GGUUUCCCGUGAAUGUACACGUGAUUCCCGCCGUCACUAUCAGCUUGGAAACAGACAGGACAGGAGUGGCAGACAGGAGGCCACAGUAUAUCUGCAACUGCAAGGAGUUGAACGUUGGACCCUGAAGGCAGCAUCAUGGGUAAUUUUCAUAGUGAGGAGAUGAGGGGGUCUAUGCGGAGUGAAAUGGACAUCUUUCUGCAGUACGUGAAGGACGGUCCGGACCUCACAGUGGACAAGAACAUUGUGAUGUUCUGCGGUCUUGAAUCUUCAAAGAAACUGAAGGGACACUUUGAGAAGAGGAAGUCACAAAGUUUCCCCACCGCAGACUGGAUCAAGAGGUUAGCCGAGGUGCUCGCCGGUCUCGUCCUGGAUCCCAAACUGGCUGGACUGGGAGCCCUGUCUGUGGCCAUCACCAUUGACAUCCUCUCAGCUUCUCCUGAUGGCACACAAAAAGCCCUGGAGAAGGUGUUUGCAGACCAAAAGGCCAACACGGUCUGGAACCUGGUGGACGAGUGCCUGAAGAGGUGCAGGGCGUACAUUGACGAUGGAGACAAGCUCAGGAGUAACAUCGGCCGGAACGAGGUGGAGCUGAGCGCCGCGCUCACCACGCUGAAGAACUCCAUGUUGGCAGAGAAACAGAUUUCGUCUCAGGCCGUGAGGGCCUGGGUCAACGGAGUGGCCUUCCACAUCCAAAUGAUGAUCCACCUGGUGAGACUCGGAGGAAUCUCCAACUAUGAUCCAGUCACUCGAUACCUGACCAUUUACCAGAAAGAAGUGGACCAAGUGUUAAAGCAGCACAGAGUCAUGAUCGAGAGCAAGUGUUGGUGUAAGAUGAAUAGUGAAAUGGAAGCUUUCUCCAUGCAGCCUGCUACUCAGUUUCUGGUGGAUGAAGAUUCAGUUCCUCAUUUGUUUGAUGACGGCGACUACGACACGCAUUUGAAAGCCUUUUACGAGCACAGGUAUGGCCGACAGGAGAGCGCCAUCAAGCAGUACUUCAGAGACGUAGAGCAGAACCUGCACGGACUGGUUCAUCAGGAAGGCAAAUUCAGGGUCGAGUGAGAGAGCGAGAGGAGCUUUUAAAGGGACAGUUGUGGAUGUUGAAGUGUGGAAGGAUAACCCACUAACUCACUAAUCCACUAACCCUGACCUGUAGUGUUUGUUACUGCAGGAAGCCACUCACUGUCCCACACCAAAGACAUGUUUUGUGUCAUCUUUAGUUUUAGUUGUUAUCCUUUCAAAAUAAAAUGCAUGUUUUUGUUUUA